GCAAGCGUGGUCAAUUUGCACCCCAAUCUACUUUUCAGUGAUAAUUAUUAAGUACAUACAAUUGAAAAAUAAAUUUUUGGUCAUCGGAAAUCAUGAGUGAAAGUGAAGAACUCAAUGCCUCGGAGUUGGGAACAUUGGAUUACUGGGAAAAGAUUUAUGACCGUGAAAUAGAAAAUUUUAAAGAUCACGGGGAUGUCGGUGAAGUCUGGUUUGGUGAGCAAAAUGCUCGUAAAGUUGUCAGGUACAUCAGCAAAGAACUUGACUUAUCACCAACCGAUAAAAUUGUGGAUAUCGGCUGUGGUAACGGUUGGACGUUAAUAGAGUUAUCCAAAAAUGGUUUCACUCAGCUUACAGGAAUAGAUUACUCUGAAAAAGCUGUUGAUCUUGCCUCCAAGAUAUUGCAAGACAGCAGUGAAGUUCCUUCUUCUACCAUUAAUUUGAUGGUUUGCGACAUUCUUGAUAUCGAGAGCAGCUCGUUGGCGAAUGAUUUCAAAUUAAUUCAUGACAAAGGAACUUAUGAUGCCAUAAGCUUGAACCCUGAUGAUCCUCAAGGUCAGAGAACGAAGUACAUAAAAAAUGUUUGCAAUAUUCUCAGGCCAGAUGGAUAUCUCGUUAUUUCAUCGUGCAAUUGGACCAAGGAUGAGCUGAUAACACAUUUCCAGGGCGACUUUGACGUCGUUUGCAGUUUGCAUACACCCGCAUUUUCAUUCGGUGGAAAAGUUGGCGAAUCCUUGGCCUGCGUCGUAUUCCGGAAAAAAAAAUAGAAAAUUGAAAUAUUUUGUUUAUUUCCUUCAGUAUUUAUUAGGUGCACAUGCGAUUGUAAUUUACAAUUUAAACACGAAAACCAACAAACUCACAGAAACGAUUUAUAUGCUAUACAUAAUUAAUAUAUUUUGUAUUGUAUAUAACAAUGAAGAUCUAACCAGAUAUCUAAGAUACAAACUUUACAAAAUGCAAUCUAACGCUACGAGAUCGUAAAAUUUAUAAUAUUAUAUGAUUUAUGUGUCGUGAAGAUCAUAGUCGAACGUGUUCACUCCGAGCUCUUAUUUUCGGCAUCUCAAAUGAUCAUAGCGCUUCCAUUUUACAAUCAAUUUUCCAUUUUCCUUUGUGAAUACUGUCCAAAAAGAGCGAUUGAACUCCACGAUAGUUUCGAUUGGAGUGGAUGAAUUUUUUAGAAUAAAAUUUGAUAUGAAAGAAAAAAAUGCAAAUGAUUUUUUUAUCUAAUGAAAUCAGGAGUACCAUCGGAUUUCCGAAACACGUUCGAUCAAAUCAAGGAGAAAUCCUUCAUAAACUGUGAAAAAUGGAAUGACUUCAUUUUUUUUGUUCCCAAUUACUUGAGAUAAUAUUCAAUAAAUGAUUUUAACAGGAA